AUGUCGCUCUACGAUGGAGUCGACAUCGACGGUGUGCCAAUGCAAUCAACUGCCACGGAAGGAACCGACAUUACCAAGCUUUGUAAGUUAUCUUAUGGUUUAUUUUACUUCAAGGUGUAGUCUUUUGCAGCUAACCGGCAAUUAAUAUAAAUCUGUAGCAUUCGUAAACACAACUCUGUUGAGCGAAAGUGAUUCAGAUUUGAAUAACUCGUGAGUCAUGAUCAUACAGUUCGAUUUGAUAAAUGGAAACUUUAGAACAAAGGCAUAUCAUUUGGACUACGUACUGGCUGAUAAGGAAAGCACAGACACGUUUUUGUUGCUCCAGACUGGAAAUUGAUACGCCAUAAACGCGCGGAGGUCAGGGAAGGUAACAGAGAUCAAUACUUGGGUUCCCCCCCUAUCUCAGGUUGAACGAGUGUUAUAAUUACAUUUAACUGAAUGGUGUGUUAUCUUGAUUUUACCUUGAUAUAACAGAAAAUUCUCAAAACUAAUUUAAAAGGAUGUUUAUGGCAGCGAGAAGAGAAAAUAACUGAUAAGUUCUUGAGAAAUAAAGAGAUAAAAUUUCUUGCAGCUGGCUGGUCCUCCAGUUACAAACUUCUACAGACUCAGCUACAAAGAAAGAAAGUUGCUCAAACAAGACCAUUACCAACAUCUGUAAGUUGUUUAAAUGCUAACAAUCAAACCCUUUAAAACUUCCUCUCUCCUUGUGGCACAGUCUUUGAUUCCUGUUAUGUUCUUGAAUCAAUCUAUCAACGUUUGGUUUUGGCAACACAACUGGGGUGACCAGAAACAAUUUUCCUAUGCUUCUGUCUCAAAGAAAGAAAUCCUGAAGUUGUGAACAAAUCUAUCAAGGAUUUACCGAGGCUGUCCCCAAAAACUGUUUGACUGAAUUUCCCAAUAACAUUGACAUAAUAUAUCAGCAAUCUUUUGGUCAAUAUGUGUGAGAAUUGUUUGAGUACGUAGAGGGGAAGUUUGUUUUUGAGCACUCUGAAGAUAGCUGGUUGGAGUGUUUGAAAACUGUUUUUAGCCAUUUCAAGGUUGAUGAAGUUUGUUGUUCAGUCCUUCCACUUCCAUUGUGAAAUUCUACACUUUGAUUAAAAGUCUCCUUAUCACAAUUAAGUUUCUUCUUCUGAUUUUUGAUUUGUAAAUAUGCUUUGUGUUACAGCGAACAAAGGCUGUAAAUCAAGUGGUCCUGGGCAUCAAGAGAACAGUUGAUGAUUUGGAGGUUAUUGUAAUGUUUUUUUUUGUUUUCUUCUUACAUGCAUCUUGCUAACUGAUUUUGAGGUUUAUGAUGCAAGUUAUGGUCCAUGUUUUUUUCUGCUUGGAUUUUAUGGCUCAUUGUUUUAAUUUUUUCUCUUGUUCUUUGUAGGAUUCUACAGCAUCAGAUAUUGAUGGUAGAGAAAUGCUGGUAAGCUUUAUACCUCUCAUACCUCUUUCUAAUCAUUUGCUAGUGCUGUACUAUAGGUUAUGGACUGAGUUUUUGCCCCUUUAAUUUAUGGUGCAAAGGCACAGGUCAUAAAUAGUCAAGGAAAAAGAAGAUCUGUAACGUAUCUUACAGUGCAAGAGGACAAGGUUAAUAUGAUGUUAGUUGUGUGGCUGCUGUGUGUACAACAGAUUCCAGGAAACAAUUUUUGGUCAUAGUAAGAGCUUCAAAUUGACUGAUGAUCAUUGAAGAGAGGCAAGGUGGAGAAUCCUUGUAAAGUUGUCAAAACAUUCUUAUAUCCAGUUGAAAGAUAUUAACCUUCAUUAGCCAGUGAGCCCUAUGUCAAAUUGUCAAUGAAUAAUGAUUUUUAUUAAGUUUAGUAGGCCUUGCAAAGGAGUAAUGCCAGCUUCUAUCAUAUUAAUUCUUUUCUCAACCCUUGAAUUCCCUGAAGUGAUUAACAUGUAAGCUCUCCCUAUAAUAUCCAUAUAAUAUCCAGUAAACAGGUAAUGAGGAAGUUUUUAUCUUGAUCUAACACCAAAUUCUCAUAACUCAGUACCAAGAAAUUGUGUAGCAGUUAGAGGGGUGAAUCAACAAUCAGAUCUUGGGAUUUAAAGGGUUAAAACAUCUCUAUCUAACUCUAUACUUACAAAUUUUGAUCUUGACUUUGAUAGAGAUAUUUAAAACCAUACUUCAAAAACUCAUUAAUAAUUCAUAAGCCCAUUAACCUAUCAAAUGGUAGAUAAUACAUCACGUGCAGUGACUUUAUAUCGAUAAACCUCAUCCUUAUUAGUAUGCGGUGUUUUAUCAGAUAUAAAGACACUGCACAUGACUUAUGAAUAUCAAUUAAUUAUCAACACAGAAACUGACACAACAAAUGGUGGGAACAUAUUUAAUGUUCUUUCAACAAAUUUCACACAGUAAAUUUACUUUUGCACCAAAUUAAUAGUACAGUUGUGAAAUACACAUCUGGAAAAAUUCUCUAUUCCAUUAGUACAGUAAUCUGGUAAAGGCAUAUUAGACAAUACAUCAUCUGAAACUUCGAAUUCAAGAUCAUGUUUUUCUCGUAUGCUAAUUUCUAACGUUCACAAAAGCAUAAUUGUUAUGAACUCUCUUGACACGCGCUUUUCCAAGAGUGUUUUUGAAGCCGUUCAAAAAACUUGCAGCACAUGUUUUAUCGGGUCAAAAACCACUCGGCUACGCCUCAUGGUUUUAAACCCGAUAAAACACUCCUGCUCGUUUUUUAAACAUUACAUAAUGUGAUCAUCUUUUCAUUUAUUUUGCAAGGAUACUGACCUCCAAAAGGUCCCAGAACCCUUCACAGAGACAGAAGCCUCACUUGCUGUUGUCAUCGAUGAAUAUGAUCCUUUAAGACCAAAUGAAUAUGAGUUGGUCAAACAAAAGUUCAGAGAAGAGAAAGAAAAUGAGAGAGGAGACAGAGGUGAAAGGUCAGAGAGGACAGACAAUCGAGAAAGAUCACGAGGUGACCGUGAUUAUGAUAGAGGAGAGAGGUAAGGUGGUAUUCCAACCAACAGUGCUUCUCUGUGGAAAGAAGUUAAAAUGAUUCCAGGUGAAAAUGAUUUCAAACUAGAUUGAAUUGUAUUUCCUUGUGGUCAAGGAUUGUGGUUAUUUAACUGGAACAAAAUAGUUAAUAAAUCAAUAUAGAUUCAAAUAACUUUCAAUUAAAAAAAAAAUUAGAUUCAGUUUAAACUACAACACCUACUGGUAGGUUAAUAAAUAUAUAUACAGUGCAAGUGUAUGCAAGACUUUUGGCUCGCUCUUCAAACUUUCCUGCAGAUGAAGAAAGACUUGUACAGUAGCACAAGAGCAUGCUUUCAGGCUACUAACCAACAUACACUUUUUCUUGAAAGACACAGAGAUCGUGAGCGUGACAGAGACCAUGAUCGGGAGAGAGACCGUGACAGGGACCGGGAUAGAGACCGCGACAGAGAUCGUGACAGAGAUAGGGACAGAGACCGGGAUCGAGACUACCACAGAGACAGAGGAAGAGACAGAGGAAGACGCAGGGGUGAUGAUGACGAUAGUUAUGGCAACCAGCCUCCACGUCGAGGAUUUCCUGGGGGAGCAGCCAUUGCACCACCCCCAUCUCUUAUGCAGGAUUCAGCACCAGGUAAUCAAACCUAGAAUAUCAAGGGAAUAAGUAAAAGUAGUAUGAAAUAAUUAUGGUAUGUAGGGAAAAACCAGAGUUGUACUCUAACCCUAACCUAACCCUAUACCUUGACAAUUCCAUUUCUGAGGCUUAAAAAAAAAGCUUAAAAGGCCUAAAUUGGAAAUAGAAAGUUAUAAAUAAUUUGAUUUUCUUUUAUGUAUUUGAGAUUGUUGUUUUGUAAAGCAUAAGGAAAUCUUUCCCUUCUAGUAUCAAAACUUUUACAUAUAAGAAUUUAUGAGGAACGACCUUCUGAAGGGAAAUCAUUUUGGUUGAGAUUCUGUUGUCUCAAAUAUUUGUGUAUUUUACAUUUCUUACCAAAUUGGGCCUUUAGAAAAUAUAUUUUUUUGUUCUCUUAGUAGAGCAAGCUGCCCAACAGUGGCCAGUGUCCAGUGGAGCAGACUUUAAUUUUGCAUCUGAAAAUAAACCAAAAGCUGGUGGCUUUUCUGCCAGGUGAGAUCACAGUAACUAGUGGUGAUGGGUUUAUGCUCUAAAAAUAAUAGACUGCUUAAUGGAAUUUUUUUCCAUUAAUAAAAUAUAUCACUUAAAACUGUUUACAAAAUUCUCAAUUGCAAUUAGUUAAAUACAGCUGGUUAAGGUAACAUUGUUCAAUCUCCCUUACAGUCCUGUUGCAUCUCAGAUUAUGGCAAAAUAUGGUUGGAAAGAUGGCCAAGGUAACUUUAUGUUUUUUGUUUUUUGGUGUUGUUUGCUUUUGUUGUUUGCAAAUUGUUUGCACCUUGGUAUGAACUUUGUUGUCACUCAAAGAAGGCAAUUCUUAGGUGAGAUGAAAAUAAUAAUAUUUGGAAAAAGAAGUGAUGGGUUUUAAACCCCUGGCACCCAAGAUUUGUGAAUGCUUAAUAGUGAAAUUGUCUUUACAAUUUUAAUAGACAGUCAAACGCAAGAAAGAAAAAAUUUUCAGCCACAGAUACUUCCUUAGAUAAAACAGCUAGUUAUCAAGCUAGUCUUAGUGGAAAGAAUUUACUAGUAAAUCUUGGGAAUUAAUAGUUCAAUUCUUUAGGGAAGAAUUAGAGGAAUUUCUGUUUUAAUUUAUCCAAGUUUGAGAGUGAUUUUGCAAUAGAAAAUUGAUGAAGCCACCUUUUAUUUAUUUUCAGGUUUAGGAAAACAAGAGCAAGGUAUUAACACAUGUUUGCAAGUGGAGAAAACCAGCAAGCGAGGCGGAAAAAUAAUCAACCAAGACAAAGGUUUGUAUUUGAUUCAUUAUCAUUUCUGUUAAAGAACUAAAGAGGCUGUGGCAUAAAAACCAAACCCAACAUAAUCACAGUAGCUAAUCACGACAAAGGCACGCAACUCAAUGAACCAAUGAGAACUCAAGGUAAAUUCACGUGACGGUCUAAAGCGCGGGAAAACGCGUGUGACCAAGUCGUAGCUAUUUAUAACCUCACAUUUAAUUGGUUGAGAACUUGGAGCGAGAUUUAUGGACCAAUCACAAACCAUUGUAAAGCAAAACUAGUGCAAUCCCCGAUAACGUCUUUUAUGCAAAGUGUACGACUCAGCCUCAGCAGCUGCGAACGGUGGACCAAAAUACUUUCCUGUCCUUAUACUUUCUGGUAUCCCAGAUAUUUUUUCGCCAUGUGUGCCGCUUCUACCAAAGUUCUCAGUUGUUUUGCCGCAAGUUGCUCUAAGUGCACCGUUAUAUCUAUUAAUUCUCCCAAAUUUUGAAAAUAGGAAGCUUUAAGGAGACUUGAAAUGUUCAAUGAAAGAGUAAAUACCUUUUUGAUCAACAGAAUCAAAAGCUGCAAUGCAAGAAGCAGAACCAGUUACCAGCGUUAUGAGGAACCCAAGCAAAGUUGUUGUUUUGAGGGUAAGUAGCAGUGUUUUUUGGCCUUUUUAUGGAAGUCUCUAAGUAAUUAUUUCAGUUUUUAUUUAAGUGUCGAAAAAUCAAAACUAAAGUUUUCCCAGCGACCCUAUCAGAACAAAGGAUUACAUCAUCAAUAGCCAAUGAAAACUCAAAGCGAUGACAAGCAGAUUUCUUGAAGCGCGGGAAAACGCGGGUGACCAAGUCGUGAUUGUUCGUAGUUUUACAUCUCAUUAGUUGAUACGAAGGCGCUGGAACAAUCUCAAAGCAAAUCGAAGUAAAAACAAAACAAUCCUGGAUGGCUUUCGACAUUUAAUUGUAAAUUGCUUUGUUCUGUGGUUUCCUUCACUUCGAAUUUUAUUACGCGUGUUGCAACAUUUCAUUUGGAUUAAAAACGUUCGUCUGGUUUUCAGAAUAUGGUUGGUCCGGGAGAAGUGGACGAAGAGCUACAACCUGAGGUCGUGGAGGAGUGUAACAAGUAUGGUGAAGUUGCCAAAGUUGUAAUAUAUGAGGUGGGUGUCUGAUAUUAAUGGUUAAAUUUCCUGUCAGUUUUACAUGGUAUUCUUACAGGCAUGUAAUUAUAGAAAGAUACUGAAAAUUUGAGUCCUAACUCAUCAAGAUGGUCCGAGCUUAAGACCUUCCGAUUUUACUAUCAAGUACCCGUUCUUGUACUUCUUCGAAAUAGGAAAAUGAUGAGAUUUCACAUAUAAUCUUUCAAUUACGAAUUAUUAUUCAUUUUUUCUUGGUUUCGUCGGUGUUUCGCGAGAUUCAGCAGAGAAAUGUGACAUUAAACAACGCUUUUUGAAACAUUCCGUCGAUGUUUUGCACUUUUUCUGGGGCCCUUUAACAAAACUGUAGCGUUUUGCAGAAUUUAUGAUUCGCGCAAAUGACACUCUGGGGAGCAAUAUGACAAUUUCUAAAAUUUAAGAUAGUACGCGCUCUCUCAUUGGUCUACAGGUGUGUACAGAUGAGAGAUUCAUUUAUGAUUCAUCGUUUAACAUUUUCGCUUUGUUAUUGGAGGCAGGUGUGAACUUGUUCUAGAAAAAAUUCAAUUUGUUUUCCACACCUGGACUAUGAAAGGGCACUUGAAGUGGAACUGGUGCUCGUAAUUUACUCUUCCUGAAUUUUCUAUAAACAAAGUACCAGAGAAAUGCUGUAAUCAUUUAUUCGCCCGCAACUUGCUAGAUGUAUUAUUUAAUAUUCAAAUAUGACGUAUUUUAAAGUUAAGGUUUGGUGUAUUCAUGUGGAGGUUUUUUCCGUCGUGAUUCUGGGGCUAAGUCGGCUAUAAGAGAAAAGCAUGAAAAAGCAUUGGUUCACUCUGAAUAAAUGUGUCGAUGGAGAAGCUGGCAUCGCCCCAAUGACAUAAAGUUAAGGAAAUGAACACUCUUCCUCAGGGUCUGAGGGGCACGCGCAUUUGAAUGGUUCCGACUGAAACUGUGAAAAGGUUUCAAAUGAAAAUGUUGUUUUUAACUUCACUGAACACGAUUUAUUCAGUCGAUUCUCCCGUUUUUAGGGUAACAUAAGCAAAGACAGGGCAUAUCGAACAAAAACAUGAUCUUACCUGACGGAAAUGUUUUGUUUAUUCACGUGCAAUCGUUAAAUACAUAUUCGAAUACUGGUUCAAAGUAGAAAGCGGAAAAAUAUUAAUCAAUUACUUUAAGUAUGUUAUUCUAAACGACAAAGACUAAUGGAUGUUAUUUCUUCUUCCUGGUAGAGGAUAAAAAUUCUACAUAGCUCCUAUUUACAUUGUAAUUAAGUUUUUGAGUUUGCGAGGGCAAUUAUACUUUGUCAAUAUUCAAUUAUUUCCCAGUCUGCUAUGAUACUGAAUUGUAGACGAUUGUUAUCUUUGAAGCCUGUUAUUAAAGUGAGAGACGAUGAACCUACGAUCUACCGAUUAGUACUUAGAGUGCUCUACCACUGAGAUAUAGGAGACUCAAGGCAGUAUUGGCGGUUUAACUAGGUUCUACUAAACUUUUGUUUAAAUAUGAACGGUAUUUAUGAGAUUCUGGUGUUUUAAAAACACGGAAGUCUUUUCGCAUGAAUACAGGCAACCUUGAACUACAAACAAAAGCAAAACGCCUUGGCUGUGUUUUUUACUGCCAUUCUCACUUCUCUGAUCUUCCAGCAGUAAAGAAAGGGAUUCAGAGAUGAAUUUGAAUAAACUAAAGUUGCCGUAAACAGCCAAAGACCAUGAAUUGUUUUUCCACUAAGCACUGUAUGUCUCAAUAAUGACACAGUUAAGAAAGGGGCAUAGCAUGCUACUAAAGUCAACUGCAACCAGAAUAUACUGGAAACUACUUUCUUAUAUUGUACGAUAUUCAGUCGAACUCUUUCUUGAAUUCUUCGCUUUGGUAAUACUUUUGCUGCCCCUGCUCUUAAACAUCUUCCAUCUGUCGCUCUUCCUGUGCCUUCUACUUCUGCGCCUGCUUCUUCUUCUGUGUCUCUACCUGCCCCUGUCGUUUCUCCUACUCCUUCCUCUGUGGCUCUUCCUGCCCCUUUCUCUCCUCCACCCACUUCUUCAUCUUCGUUUGACUGUCCACCCCCAAAGCUCUCUUCUACUGCAGCCUGAUUCCCCUGUAGUCUCAGGUAGAUCUUUACGUAGCAAAACACGGAAGUAACUAAAGAAACCAAUGCGAUCAUUAAAACGAAAAUAUGUGAAAUCGUUUGACUCCAGACGUGAACCAAUCCACAUGAAACAGCAGUUACCCAGCAAAAAAGUAUAACAACUUGAGCUCGCUUCAGAGUCACAACCUGUCUGUAUUUUAGCCUUAACAACAGGACAAGAAGUCUGUCCACACUGAUUGCUGUCGAUGUCAACACAGACACUCCACACAACACAUAACUGGAGAUGUAAACAACCCUGCUCAAGUGGUACAAAAGAUCUAAGUCGGUGUUGGCAAGAUCAAUGUUAAGUAUUAUGUUUGCUACGAACAAAGGCUGCGAAAAAAGACCCACACAAAGGUCGGUAGUUGCCAGACACGCAAACAGGAGCUUUGUCACAGGAUGCAGAGAGGAAACUUUAUAAAUUGUCAACAGGAUCAGAACAUUACCCAGAAAUGCGGUGAAGGAGAGGAUAAUGUUGAAAGUGAGGAGAGAUGUUAGGACACCAAUUGGUAAUUGUAAUGAUAUGCCUGUAAUGUCGGCCAUCGGUGUUUACGUUCAGACGUCUGGCUCUGUCUUUCCUUCUUUUUUCAGCAAAUGAACCUUUUACGGACGAUAAUUAUUUGGUAUAGGCGUCCUGUCGCAGUGUUGCCCAAUCAGCAGUUGCUAUUGGAUAAAAAUGCUCCACCCCGAUGUUUCACUUGACAAAUAUUGCAGCGUCAAUCAGAUCUGUUUUUAACUCUUCCGCUUUUUAACUAUAUUUUUCGCGAUUUAUUAAUAUUCAAUGAGCAGUGUAGCCUUAGGGUGCUUAGUAAAUUUGUAAAAGCUAUCAUCGUUCAGGUGUGUUGUCGACAUAAACAUAUUAGUAUAGGUAAAUAAAUAGGCACGAGUAAAUUUUGUUAAAGACUAACAAAAUUGAACGAGCCCGUAGGGCGAGUGUAAUUUGUGGUCUUUGAAAAAAUUAGCAAGUGUUAAUAAUAUACACGGAAAAAUACAAGAUGGUUUGUCCUAAUUAUGAAUAAGCAAAGUGCGCUUAUCAAGUGCAAAAAUAAUUUAUUCAAACCGUGAGUUCGGUCAAAACCACCGCGUACGAUCAAAACAAUAGUAUGCAAUGAUAUCUUCACAUCUUUAAGGUACAAAAAAGUUCAAAGUCUGGCUUAACAGUUCAAGGAACUGUUCAGUCUGUGUCCGAAUCACUUUCGAUGAAAUGGAAUCGUCGUUUCCGAGGUUUAACCAUGUUUGUUUUUAAUUUCUGCGUUGGAUCGCUCGAGCAAAGUGUUAGGCAGGGUCGGCUCGUAAUUUCGAUUUCCUUGGCAAUUCCCUUCUCUAAACACCACGUUUUCCAAACCGACAACCGAAAAGCAGUGCUUUUUACAGUUUUUUCGUUGUUUGAGCUGUUUUUCAGCUGCGGUGGCGAAAGAAAACCUACUUAAAACGCCGGCCAUUGUUUCGCUCACAAAUUUUCAAAUGUUCAAAUUUUGUUGCGACAUCUAAGGCUGGCAUUUGAUUGGCUAUCUGUGAGUUUCUUUGAUUAUUGACCAAUCAGAAUAUCUACUUUCUUUGCACUGAAUUAACCCAUUGAAUUAACUCUCCUGCACUAAAUUACCUGAAAACUGCAUUUAUCUUAACCAAUCAGAACUGAGUAACUUUUCCAUGUAUAUUAUUAAGUCGGAAAGCCGUUAGUUAAGCAGAAAAAACAAACAAACAAAAACAAAACAAAACAAAAAAUACGAAAAUUGUCAUAUUUGCACUACCUGUCGGAAGUAUGUUUAUCGUUUAUUUUUUAAGGAACCAGUCAUUUUUCAUCGCCUUGGGGGUGGGGUGGAGGAUUUUUGGGAGAAUAUAUGGCUCGAGGGGGAACGGAGGGGGGAUCAUUUGUCACCAAAAGAGUAUUAAGGGGGACUAUAGAAUAUUGACUGCCGAUGAGGAGGGAGGGGGGGUCACGAGAAUAUUAGAGAGCCUUAUUGGGGAAUCAGGUAAAUUUUAUCAUGACAUAGCUCAAAUCCUCCAAACCCCCCCCCCCUCCUGCUCCUAGGCGAUAAAAAAACGGUUUAGGUGUCCUCUCUACAUUUUCAACUUGCAUUUUUUUUCUGUCAGUUUCCCCAAGGAGUUCAGCCUGACGAGGAAUCAGUUCGCAUUUUUGUGGAAUUUCAGCGGGUUGAGUCUGCGAUAAAAGGUAUUUUAACACAGUUUUUUCUUGAGCAUCAAAAUAAACCUAGUAUUUCAUCGGUUUGCUUCAUCACUGAUUUGUUUCGAAAACUGCACCAUCUUCUCAACCAAUUAGACGCAAAGCUGAAACCAAUCGCGACUUGGUUAUCCGUGUUUUUCCGCGCUAGAGAUCAUUUGUGUGUACUACUUGGAGUUUUCGUGGGUUCCCAUGCGACAGUUUCUUAUGUUUUCAACGGUUGUUCAUGGUUCGUGGUGACGUCAAGCUUUGUUGUGAUUGGCUGUGGUGUUUUCCUUUUGUUUUGCGACACUCCACCGAAAGCGUCUUAAAGCUAAAAAACGCCUGGGCCCUGAUGUAUAAAGGGCGGAUAACACUAUCCAACGGAUAAACCGCUAUCCAGUGGAUAAGGGAUUGCAAAACGUUUCGCGCUAUCCACCGCAUAGAGAUUUAUCCAGUAGAUAGUGUUAUCCGACCUUCGAACAACCGGGGCCUGAUCUUUAGAUGACUCAUACAACCAACAAUUUCCCUCUUGACUUGAUUGAUUAAUUUUCCUCUCCAACUUUCUUUACAGCUCUCGUGGAUCUCAAUGGAAGAUUUUUUGGGGGUCGAACUGUCAGAGGGGCAUUCUUCAACUUGGACAAGUUCAGAAGACUCGAUCUAAUGGCCGAUCUCUAAUUCGGACAAAAGGCCGUAUGAUAAUUUAUGGAACUUGUUUAUUAGUCGACAUGAUUUCGAACUAGAAAUGAAGUGCCAUAAGAGAAUCAGAUACGAUUUCGUGGAGGAGUUCAAAUUCCAUGUCUAGCGCAUUGGCCAAAGUAGAAAACUUAACAUGUCUAUAUUUGGAAUUGCAGAGGAGUCUUGUUACCGACCCUCGUUUUUUCCCUCGGUUCAUAGUACAAAGCAUGCGCACGAAAAUCGAUAAACGCAACAAUUUCCUUUCCUUGGCCAACAGUUUUUGUUGAGAAUUUUUGUGCAGUUUAUCGAUGGAAGCGGGUGAAUCUUUCACCGCCUGAUGCUGCUUUCCGAACGGGCCCAAAAUAAUUGGAGAACGAAGUCAAGAACUUUGAUUUAACUCUCGCUUUUAACCCUUUACACCCUAACAUCAGCAUGCAAACUCUCCAUACUAUGCUCUGUACAUUUCCUACGGUGCUGACAAGGAGAAUUUGUUUAACAAUCAAGCGCUUCCUUAGUUAAUGAUCAUUUCCUUUAUUCUCGAUAUGGUGAGGAGAAAUUAGGUGUUAAUCACUCCAGGAAAGAAUAACAGUUGACAGACCUACACCCAUGUAAUUAAAAGCGCGUUUUCCUUGUUUGUUGUGUCAAUGCAAUGCUGCUGUAAAAAUUACUUAGAAUGUAUUUGCAUUUAUAAAUGCAACUUGCCAAGAAGAACACCUUAGUAUUCGUUUGGGAUUUUUCCUUCUCUCUCACAGUUCCCGUAGCCUCCCCGCGAGGCACCCAAAAAUGCAGAGUGCUGUG